AUGGACUCCCUAGCAAAAUCAAUCAAUCAGUUUGCCCUGGAGUUCAGCAAAAAGCUAGCUGAAACUCAUGAGGGUAAAAACAUCUUCUUUUCCCCUUGGGGCAUCUCAACAGCCUUGGCCAUGGUGUAUUUGGGCACCAAAGGUACAACUGCAGCCCAGAUGGCCCAGGUGCUCCAAUUUGAUCAGGAUCAGGAUGUCAAAUCUCCUGAAAGUGAAAAGAAAAGAAAAAUGGAUUUCAAUUCAGGCCAGGUUGGAGAAAUACCUUCUGGCUUCCAGAAACUAAUUUCAGAAGUCAACAAUCCUAGCAGUGCCUACAUUCUUAAAACAGCCAAUGGAAUAUAUGGGGAGAAAACAUACCCAUUUCAUAAUAAAUAUUUAGAAGACAUACAAACAUACUUUGGUGCCAAAUUACAGUCUGUAAACUUUGUGGAAGAGUCUGGAAAAAUCAGAAAGGAAAUUAACUCCUGGGUUGAAAAACAGACUGAGGGUAAAAUCCCCGAUCUUUUACCUGAGGAUGCGUUGGAUUCUACAACCAGAAUGGUUCUGGUGAAUGCUCUUUAUUUUAAAGGAUUAUGGGAACAUCAAUUCUCAGUCCAAGACACCACAGAAAAACCUUUCAGAAUCAACAAGACUACAAGCAAGCCAGUGCCAAUGAUGUUUAUGAAGAAAAAACUUGAAGUUUUUCACAUAGAAAAGCCACCAGCCAUGGGCCUUCAACUUUACUACAAGAAUCGUGACCUCAGCAUGUUCAUAAUCCUGCCAGAAAACAUCUGUGGGCUAAAUCAGCUGGAGGAGGCCCUCACCUAUGAGCAGCUGAGUGAGUGGACCAGUGCGGACAUGAUGGAGAUGUACACUGUGGAAUUGACUCUUCCCAAGUUCAAGCUGGAAGAGUCUUAUGACCUCAAGACAACCUUAACCAGUAUGGGGAUGAAAGAUGUCUUUAUCCAGGGCAAAGCUGAUUUCUCAGGAAUGUCCGAAGACAGAAACUUAAGUUUGUCCAAUGUUUUUCACAAAGCUUUUGUGGAAAUAAAUGAGCAAGGUACAGAGGCUGCAGCUGGUUCUGCCGGUGAGAUUGGUUUGCGAAUUAGACUACCUACCAUUGAAUUCAACGUAGACCAUCCCUUUAUUUUCUUCAUCAGGCACAACCAAACCAAUAAUAUUCUAUUUUAUGGGAGGUUUUGUUCUCCAUAA